UGUAACAUAUUUUAGAGGCUACCAUGGAAAUACCUGUCUGCUUAGGGAACCACUUCACGUUAUGUGUUACGUCGAAGUCAAUCCCAUCGAAAUAACGGAAAAUCUUUUCUUCGCGAUCUUUGGGCAAAAGGAUACCGACGAUUUCACGAUUACAGGGAGGCAACAUUUGCAACCAAAAUGGACGAUAUAUCUAUUCAAGGUAUCAUUCUCUCUAUACAUGCUCGUCACCGUUGUUGUCCUGAUCAAUCUUCUAAUUGCUAUGAUGAGUGACACUUAUCAAAGUAUCCAAUCGCAAAGUGAUAUUGAAUGGAAAUACGGACUCAGUAAACUUAUACGUAAAAUGCAAAGAACGCGAACUGCACCCUCGCCGUUGAAUCUUUUCUCCACGUGGAUAAUAUAUCUUGUAAAGAUGUGUAAAAAGAAGGCAGAUAAAAGGAAGAAAAUGAGUGUGAUGCAUGGAUUAGUGAGGAAUCGUACACUCUCAAAAAAUUCAUUUUUUCGUAAUAAUAAAAUAUUUUCAUCGGAUCGCAACAAGAACGACAUUGAUUUCGGUCUACUAAAUUUGAGUCCUUUUCAAAGCCAAUCAUCUUUAAUUCAGAUGGCGAAAAUUGACAACGUCGUUGAAUGGGACAUCGUUCGUAGGAAAUAUAGGAUGCGUUUUGGAGAUGAAAUAGAAAAACCUUCGGGAGAGGAUCAAAUUGUCAAUGAAACGAUAUAAAUGAUUUCAUUUAUCU